AUGUGUGUAUUUGCGUUCCUGGCCAAGCUGACGUUGAAUCCGCCUGAAGGAAUAAUUGCGGGACCGAUCAGUGAAGACAAUUUUUUUGAAUGGGAAUGCCUCAUAACGGGGCCCGAUGAAACGUGCUUCGAGAACGGCGUCUUCCCAGCGAAAAUCAUCUUUCCCCAGGUGAUCCAUCGUCGUUCGUUGCGAAAGUCCUACGAGCCAAAUGAUGAGAGUGCAGCAAACGUGAACGCAGCGAAGAUGUGGCGUGAAGACCGUGCUCAGUUCGAAUUGAUCGCCGACAAUUUGGUGCGCAAAACAUUGUGCCUCCCGCCGAAUACUUCUUUGUGA